AUGCCCGUCGGGGCGUCGGUCACUUUCGGCGUGGGCUCUACAACGGGCGACAGCUACCGCAAGGACCUGCGGGACACGCUGACGCAGGCCGGCCACGCGGUGAACAUGGUGGGGUCGCACAAGAACGGGCGCUUUGCCGACAACGACGUGGAGGCAACGUCGGGGUUCGUGAUCGCGCAGAUCACGCGCGCCGCAGAAGCAUCCGCGCCCAAGUUCCUGCCGAACCUGGUGCUGCUCGAGGCCGGGACCAACGACUGCAACAGCGGCAAGAUCGUCUCGACGGCCGGGGCCAAUGUGUCGGCACUGGUGGGGCGGCUGUUCGCGCUCAGCCCGGGCGCGACGGUGGUGAUGGCGACGCUGCUGGCCAACAAGGUGGCCGCGCAGGACGCGUGCCGCGUUGAUGUUAACCGGCAGUAUAGCGCCGUAGCAGCGGCCAUGGCGCAGCAGCAGGCGCGCUUUGUGCUCGUCGACAUGCGCGGCCCCGACGCGCCGACGACGGCCGACCUCAACGACACGCGCCACCCCAACGACGCCGGAUACGUCAAGAUGGCUGCCGUCUGGAGCCAGGGUGUUCAACAGGCCCUCGCAAAGGGGUUCUUGAGCCCGCCGGCGGAUAACGGGAUCCCGUAUGUAAUGAGUUUGGGUAUGCCGUCUGUCAAGCGUGACAACCCGGGCGGGAUCUGGAACUUGCUGCUUACCGUCGAUGCUCCAACCUCGAGUUGA